CAAAAGGCACCAAUUUUUGGGAACCAAGUAACAAAAAAGGAUUCUUCAAAGAGAUCAGAUUGGGGGGGAGUGCUUCACAACCAAAACCGAGCGAAGGGUUUCAUCUGAGCAACACCGAAAGGCCUUCAGACAAGGAGACUCAUGCCCUGUGCCAAAGAAAAGGAGAAGACGACGAUGUCGGUCCAACUAAGAGCAUGAUAGAAAUCCUAAGUGGGUGGGCGGAAUUUGAAUGUAGGUCAGAAUGGGGACCUGUACUGGGCCGCCCAUGUAUUCACGGGCCAACAGAAGAUUUUGUUAGCAGCCCACAGGACUAGUAAACGGCUGAUAUCCAAAUCGCUGCCCACUUGCAGUCGCCUCUCUUUCGUCUCCAUUCCUAAGGUUUUGGGGUUAAUGGACUGUAGACUUCUUUCUUUCAAUCGGGUCAGUGAUUUAUUUGCUGCCACAAGAAUUACUCAUCAACAACUACCCUCAAAUUCUCGGCGAAGAUCAUUUCUCUGCAGUCCAAAUUGUUCAAUGAAGUCCUAUAAGCUGUCAGAUCUUACUAGUACUGAGGUUGAGAGCCUCAAAGCUCGUCCUCGAAUUGAUUUUUCAUCUAUUUUCAAUGUGGUUCAGCCAAUUGUUGAUGACAUUCGGAGUAGAGGUGAUGCUGCUGUUAAGGACUAUACUAUGCGGUUUGACAAAGUUGAGCUAGACAUCAUAGUUGAGAAUGUCAAUGAUCUGCCAGAUCCAGUGCUCGAUCCAGCUGUUCAAAAAGCAUUUGAUGUGGCUUACGAUAACAUUUUCGCUUUUCACUUUGCGCAAAAGCCAGUUGAGAAAAUUGUUGAGAACAUGGAGGGUGUUAGAUGUAAAAGAGUGGCACGAAGUAUUUCAUCUGUGGGUCUUUAUGUUCCUGGUGGCACUGCUGUAUUACCUUCAACUGCUCUGAUGCUUUCAGUUCCUGCCCAGAUUGCUGGCUGCAAAACGAUUGUACUUGCUACUCCCCCUGCUGAAGAUGGCAGCAUUUGUAAGGAGGUCCUUUAUUGUGCUAAGAAAGCUGGUGUGACUCACAUCCUUAAAGCUGGAGGUGCUCAGGCGAUUUCGGCUAUGGCAUGGGGAACUGAAUCCUGCCCUAAGGUUGAGAAGAUAUAUGGGCCUGGAAAUCAGUAUGUCACUGCCGCAAAAAUGAUUCUCCAGAACAGUGAAGCUAUGAUUUCAAUAGACAUGCCCGCUGGACCAUCAGAAGUGCUUGUCAUAGCUGAUAAGCAUGCCAACCCUGUUCAUAUAGCAGCAGAUUUGCUUUCACAGGCUGAGCAUGGCCCUGAUAGCCAAGUUGUUCUUGUGGUUGCUGGAGAGGGUGUGAAUAUAACUGCAAUUGAGGAUGAAAUCAGCAAGCAGUGCAAUAGCCUUCCUCGGGGAAGCUUUGCUUCAAAAGCACUAAGUCACAGCUUUACUGUUUAUGCACGUGAUAUGCUUGAGGCUAUUAGUUUUUCCAACUUGUAUGCACCUGAACAUUUAAUAAUCAAUGUUAAAGAUGCUGAGAAGUGGGAACCUUUCGUUGAGAAUGCAGGCUCUGUAUUUUUGGGUCAGUGGACACCUGAGAGUGUAGGAGAUUAUGCAAGUGGCACCAAUCAUGUUCUUCCAACUUAUGGUUACGCAAGAAUGUAUGGUGGAGUGUCUUUAGAUUCCUUCUUGAAGUAUAUCACAGUUCAGUCGUUGACUGAAGAAGGAUUGAGGAAUCUUGGGCCGUACGUAGCGACUAUGGCUGAAGUUGAGGGUCUGGACGCCCACAAGAGAGCUGUAACUCUCAGACUGCAGGACAUUGAAGCUGGACAAGUAUCCAAUCUGAGAUAAGCUUCUGCUUAUCUUCAAGCUGGAUUGUGUUGACAUCUGUCAAAAGCCAUCACUUUGGCCCGGCACUGACGGCAACAAAAAGCUUGAUCACUGCAGAAAAAGCAGUCUUGGCUAAUUAUGUGGGAUUGUUGUUGUUUAGAUAAUACAGUAACACACUUGUUCAUUUUAUGCAGAACUAGAAGAUUUAUGAGAGUUUAUGCUCAAACCCAGGUUCUAGUAACUGCGUUGUAUCAGGAAAAAAUGGAAAAAACAAUAAUAAUUAAUCAUAGGUUGUAUUUAAGAAUUGCAAGGCUAGUAAUACCUACUUAUACAUGUAAACUUUUUGAUUGCCAUGCA